AUGGAUGCAGGGCCCCUGAUAGAAAGAGAUCUCAAAUGCCCGCCUACCUCACUGCAGUUCUCAACCAGCUGGGGUCUCAUCUGUCCCUUGUACCAUAGCCCCAGCUGCCCUCCUGAUCCUCAGCCUGGCAUUCAGGACCUUGGACCUUAUCCUAUCCUACCUUUCCAGGUUCAUUUCUCAGUACUUCCCACCUAUGGCCUGUAUCACAGCCAUUCCAAACAACUGUGCCCAAAAUCCAUUAUACUGUCUCAUUGCUUCAUGCCACAUUUGUGUAUGUGGCUGGCUUUGCCCUUCCCACCCCCAUCUCCAUCUGCCUGGCCAACUCAAAACUAAUCCUUCCAGACUCAGUUCAAAUGUUGUUUCUCUAUGAGGUCCCAGGCAGAAACAACCACCCUAUCUUUCAGAUUUAUGAAAAGUUUCUGUUAGAAUUGAUAGUUUCAUUCUCCUUUUAUUGCUUAUUGAAUAUAUUUGUGAUCUUAGAAUUGGAUGAAUUUCUGCAUUUUGCUUUUGUUUUUAGACUGGGUCUUGCUCUGUUGCCCAGGCUGGAGUGUGGUAGUGUGAUCACGGCUCACUGCUGCCUCAACCACCCAGGCUCAGGCAAUCCUCCCACCUCAGCCUGCCAAGUAGCUGGGAUCACAGUUGCUCACCACCACAUGCAGCUAAUUUUUUAAUUUUUUGUAGAAAUGGGGGUCUCACUUUGUUGCCCAGCCUAGUCUCAAACUCCUGGGCUCAAGUGAUUCCCCUGCCUCAGCCUCCCCAAAGUGCUAGGAUUACAGGCAUGAGCCACUGCACAUCCAAAUUUCUUAAAUAAGACCCUAAAAGCACUUGUGCUGGGUUUGAGAUAAAUCCAGGCACACAGUUACCCUAAAUGGGAUGUGGAAGCCUCCAUGGUGGAGAAGAAAGAUGUGGACAUAGAUCAUUACAAAGCUAUGGGUUAUAUGCUGAGAUGGUUAUUCCACUGUGUAUUAUGCUUCCUUUGAGGCCAGCAUUUGUGGCUCGUUCAUCUGUGUGGCCUGUAUCCACCUCCCUGGCACCUAGCACAUUCCUAAUACAAAAGAGGUGGCAAUAAAUGUUUGCUGAAUAAAUGACUUCGUCCAAGCUCCUCAUUUCCAGAUGAGAAAAAAAGAGACCCUAAAAAAGGACCAAGAACUUGCCCGAUUCACCCAGUAAAGCAGCAGCAGAUCCCAAAUCUUCCUUCACGAACUUAGGGGUACUUCCUGGACCAGAAGGCUAGGGAACACUGACCUUUGACAGGCCCCAUA